AUGGCGGUGGUGGUGAGAAACGCGAUCGAACAUGUCAAAAUGACAGUUCGUUAGUGACUUUAGUUUGCAAUGAUUUCUUACAGAUGGUCAUAGUCAUUUUAAUCAUUGAAAAUGGAUGGCGAUACUGCCGGAAUUCGCAUCACCCCAUCUGUCGUAGAAUUUUGUGACACAGAACCGAAUACUCUUUACCAAGUACAUGUCACUGUUAAAAACAUUAGCAAAACCAGCAAAAAUAUUCGUUACUAUGGGCCAAAAUCAAAGAAGUUUAAGCUGAAAGUGAAAAACCCAGAAAAUCCAGUUGCUCCUGGCCUGUGUGUUCCAGCUGUGGUGGAAUAUGAGACACCCGAAUCAACCAAAGCACAGGACCGACUUGUCAUCACAGUGGACGGAGAUGUUGUGGAAGUUCCAGUACAGGCAUAUCCUGCUCAAGCAUCCCUAGAAGUGGACAGGGGAGUUGACUUUGGAAGCGUUGUGGCUAACAGUAAAGUCUUGUCCAAAAGCGUGAAAAUUGUUAACAAUGGUUCCAAGCCAGGAGAGUUCCGAAUCAAAUACAAUGGAGAUAAGCCCAUCUCUAUUGUGCCAACAACAGGGAUUGUAUCUGCCAAAAGUGUGCAGUCUGUCAAGGUGGAACUUGUGACAAACAAAGCUGACAGAAUUGAUGAAGAGUUCAAAGUUAAACUUGAGGGAUGUGAGAAAAGCAAAACUGUUCGUGUACGAGGUAACAUUAUGGAACGAGCAUUAGAGCUGCUGUCCAUGGAAACAGAAGAGAAGAUGGACUGUAUACAGUUUGGACCCACAUACUAUGGUACAGACAAAGCUCAUCCAGCCAUUUUGUAUAACAAUGGUCCGGAGCCAGUCAGCUUUGUUGCCAUCUUGGAUGAAGAUGCCAUUGCUCAAGAGGCUGGUGUAGAUCUAACCAUGACUACAGAGGCUACAUUAGCAGAACAGAGCAGUGGUGUGGAUAAGAGCAGAGGAAAAACAAAUGUUCUAACAUCACUCGUAACAGCUAUACCUAAUCAGGGUAUUCUGGCACCUUGGGAGAAGAUUCCAGUAGUUUUCAGAUUCAGUCCCAGAUGGCAUGCCUCACGUCAAGGCUGGAAGACACAGACUGAACCUGCUCCCAGGAAGGACUUUGCCCUGUUCAUGCAUAUUCAGAUGAUUGGAGCAAACAGCGGUUUUAUCAGCAAGCCUGAAAAUGUAGAGAAAAGUACUGUGGAAGGUACGUUUGUUGAGGUAGCUUUAACCGGCACAGCCCUGCCAGUCCUACUUGAGAUACAGCCCAAACAGAAGUACGACUUUGGAGAAUGUCCAGUUGGGGAACGCGUGGAUUUACUCUGCUCUCUUAACAACAGCUCUAAUGUUCUACCAGCUACUUAUGAGUUCAGGAAGAUUGCCCACUUUAGUGUCCAUCCGCCAAAGGGCAAAAUAGCUCCCAGAUGCUCGCAGGACAUCAUCAUUUCAUUUGCGCCAAAUCAAGCUGGGAGCUUCAAACCUCAACAGAUGUUAGAUGUGGUUGGUGAGGUAGCUGAUGAUAGAGAUCCUAUCAUGUACCAUCUGGAGGUGAUCCAAACCUUCCCACUCCAACUAGUGGGGCGCAGUGAUCCCAUUACUGUCAAAAGGGACCCGAAGUUUAAUCCAGGCAUAACACCACUGAUAGCCAAUGAGGUGGGCCUGUAUGUUCACACAAAAAUGUCGGAGCUGAAAUCUAAUAACCCGAGGAAUGCGGUGUCGUAUGCUGUGAAAAGCAGUCUUCACGAUCACAAGUCUGGCCAGUCUCCUGGUAACGAGGACCCUCUGGUUACCUUCCCUAAUGAUAGAGCGCACAGUAUCAGGCCCAGCUAUAGGAAGGAAGCCUACAAGACAAUUUUCACAAAGGUUGACCGGCACAACUAUGUGGAUCCAGACUAUGCUUAUACUGACAAAGAAGAAGUAGAAAAGCAGUCCCACAAAAAUCACUAUAAACAGAUGCUAAGGAACAUGCGCCAAACGAGACUGGGCAUCUUGAAGGAUAGGGAAUUCAAAGAAACAAACAAUGAGAUGGAUAUUGGGAUUAAGACAGGUGCUGGCCUGAGACCCAAGAAACUGACCCAAGAGGAAAUCAAACCUGAUCCAAGAUCACCCAGGCCACCAAAUGACUUCUGGAAGCUCCUGAGCAGAAAGGAGUUGGCCAAUGCUGAGCUGGAUUGUGUCAGCAAACCGAUUCAAGAUGGCCUCAAUGCAGUUCCUGUGUCUAACUUAGAGAAGGCUGACUGCACCAAAAUUCUGUCUCCACAAGAGUUACAUCGUAUUAUUAUAGGUCCAGCAGUGGUAGACUUUGGCGAGGUGUGUCUGAGGUCUGUGUCAACCAAAGAUCUGAACAUCAUCAAUAACCUGGAUCAGUACAUUCAUGUACAAGCUGUGGUUGACUGUCGUGAGCUCCGUCAGACCAGUCCCUUAUCCCAGGUGGUCCCUCCAAACUCCAGAGCCUGUCUUCCCUUUAUCUUUGAGUCCAACACAAAGGGUACAUUCCAGAGGUCUGUGUCAUACUCCAUCAAUGGUUUUUACAAGGAUCACGUGACUGUUCUGGCAGAGGUAGUCUCUGUAGGCCUGUCACUGUCCACAGAUGAUCUGGUACUCCACCCCUCCCCAGGCCAACCUGGUGACGCUGGUUUCCGUGGGGUGGUAACCUUAUAUAACAGAUACAACUACCCAGCAGAAUUCACCUGGUCACCAAACCUGGGGGACAAAGGGACAGCUUUCUCAAUUAGACCAGCUACAGGUACUGUUGAUGCGUAUAAAGACUUGGCCUGCGAAGUGGUGUGGCACCCAUCCUACCUGGCCCCAGAGGAUGGCUCAUUCUCUCUCAUGGUACAUGGGGGUAACCCUCUACAGCUUCAGUGUAAAGCAGAGCUGGGAGACACCCUGGUGCAGUUCACUGAGCACAGAAUACUGUUUGGACAGGUACCUGUCCACCUGACUACCACCAAAAAGGCUCUCCUCCAAAAUCUAGGACAGAACCAUGCCUUCUUCCAAGUAAUGGACCCCUGCCCCUUCCCUGGCCUGACGAUCUCUCCAGUCCAUGGCGUUGUGUCUGUAGGGGGACAUGCUGAGUUACAAAUCAGCCUUACUCCUGACGCCAUCCUCAAAUUUGACACCCGUCUGGAGGUAGCCAUCAAGGGCUGGAAGAGUAUAGAGCUGAGGGUGGGCGGCUCUGUGGAGCCACCUAGUGUCGAUAUUGAUGUGAGUGAGUUUGGUUUUGGAGGUGUUUUCUGUGGGUCAGGAAGUGUGAUAAAUUUCAGUCUAACUAAUAAGAUGUGCACCAAAGCCAGAGUAGAAAUUGAUCUGACAAGAUAUACAGACUUCAGUCUCAACUUUCCUAGAUACCAAACAGCAGAGGAUUACAUGUAUCAGCUGCUGAACCCAGGCAUCUUCAGUGUGACGUUGUUACCUGAGCAGGUUGUGCAGGGGGAACUUAUCUUCAUGCCCACUGAGGUAGCAGCCUAUGACUUUGUCAUGCCAAUCCUUAUCAACCAGACCAAAGCUCCCACCCCUGCUUCCACCCCUGUCCCAUCAAGCGCUAACCUCUCCCGCAGGAGCGGUAUCCAUAUCGUCAAUCCCCGCCCCCAGAAGGCCCAUAUUGUCACCCCCAGGAGACAUGUCAUAGCCACAGCACUCAGGCAGCCAUUACAGUUGUCCACCAAUCAGAUUGAGAUUGCGCUUCCGUGGGAUUUCUUUGAAAUGGCUAAAGCAUCUGGAAUUGCCCACUCCAAGGGAACUAUCUUGGUGAACAACAGUGACAAAACCUUGAAGUGGGCCUUUGACCUGUCCAAAUCUAACAAGGCGUUGGAUGAAGGAGUAUUCCGCUUUGUACAGACUUCAGGGGUCCCCUUCAGCUCGGAGGGGGUGGAGGGGUCAUUGGACCCCGGACAGACAGAAACUGUCUGUGUCAACUUCUGUCCCAAUGAGCCAGGAGUAUACGAGUGUUUGGUGCCUGUUAUUCUGAACGAUGACAGGGAAAAGCCAUAUCAGUAUAUCCGUGUCAUUGGUAUACUCAAGUCACCCAGAGUCUGGUUUGAACCGCCAGUGAUCAAUCUCACCCCAGCUCCAUUAGUCACGGAAGUGUCUGCUGAUUUCACUAUUUUGGCCGCUCAGUAUAGGAAAGCAACCAAACUGAACGUGACCCUGUCAGAGGUGGAAUCUGUUGACGGCAGCUCUGUUUCUCCAUUCAAAAUCUACUUCCCAGAGGGAAAUGAGAUCAAGCCGUGCUGUGGAAAUGAAGCACAGAUUGAGCCAUUCGCUCUGCCAUGCCGUGUGAUAUUCUCCUGCCCUAAACCUGUGUCCUGCAGAGUCCAGAUCAAGUUUACUGAUGAUGAGGACAGGAGUUUCAGUUUGUCUGUGACUGCCACAGCUGACAACUGUUUGCUGACCUGCUAUCCCUUCCUGGCUGUUCACAGAACUGACCAUCAGAUUGUCUGCGAACAGGGUGUGACUCUGAAGGGUAGAAAGACUGUGUCUAAAGAGAGCGUGAACGCUGGAGAGGCCAUAUUUGUGCCAUGUGCCUCGCCCACCCACAACAGCCGUCCCAGUACCAGUGCCACCAGCUCUAACUUCAUGGUCUCCUCCUCUAGCUACGAGACCAGCAUCUCAGGUGAGUCAGAAAGUAGCACUCCCAUGCCACGUACCGGUGCAUUGAAUAAGCCUCAAUCGGCCUCAGAAGAGUACAGCCGGACCCAUCAGGACAUGAUGUCCAGAUCACUGGGGUCAGCCAUGUUCCCUGAUGAGGAUUCUGAGGAAGGGGCCUUCCACAUGGAGGUCCUGAUGGGGGCCCAGCGUUGGUUCUCCUCACAAGGUUGGCCGGCAGGACCCUACCCUAUCACCAUCCCCCAGACCCUCAGGAGUGGGAUCAGUCGUAAGCACCCUGAUGAAGAUUUUGGGGGGAAGGGCAAGGGUGGCUGGCACAUGAGCUCAGUUAAGAAUGAGCACAAGACGAUCUACGACAUGAUUUCCCACCUGAGUGGGCGCCCCAUGCCUGGGAUCCCCAUCAACACGCCUCUGCCCGCAGACCCGAUAGAGAGGGUCAAACAGGUGUACUGGCAGCACUCCACCCUGCUGACCUUCCUCAGGUGUCAGGGAGCAUGUGUAGCAGCCAUCAAACCUCAGUACCUUAUGGAGCCUCAUGACUUCAAACUGUGGAAAACCUUAUUGGAAAUGGAGAGGCAAGCUGUGGAAACGAACCAAAUGACCCCAACCAUGGAAGAUGAGGCCCUAGAGGAGGAGGCUUUUGAAGCUGUCUCCAAAAGGGCGUGGUCAGACAUACUGCUGCAAAUAUUCAAGUGUCUGGUUCUGGCUAAGAUUACCCCACGCACCAUGAAGACCCUGGCACUCCCUAACAAGAGCCUGAGCUUGCCUGCUGUCAACGUUGACCCUUUGUGUAGUAAUGUCUACAGUGUAGGGGAGAGAAUCCUGUUAGCAUGGCUCAACCAUCACUAUGAACACUACAGGCUGCUGGUCUGGGAUAACUGUCCCAAAGGUGGGGUGCCUCCGUCUCGCUGGGUGGUUAACUUUGACUUUGACCUACUUGACGGGCUGGUUCUAGGAGCUCUUCUUGGGGCUCAUAUGCCUUUCCUGAUCAAAUCCCACCUCAAUGACAUGUACACUCACCCUAGCUCAGCUGAGCAGUGCCUUCACAAUGCUCUCAAGGUGGUCCAUGCCAUGAGGCAUGUAGGCAUCAACUAUGACAUACAGGCUAUAGACAUCACAGACCCUAAUCCCAUCACCCUGUUGAUGUUGUCAUACCAUCUUUACCAGAAACUGCCUCAGUACAUUCCCAAGUCCACUGUGGAUUUCACAGGGUCCCUCCAUGCUCAAAUUGUCAGACAGGUGAAGCUGAGUAACCCGUCCAGCAAACCCUUAGUCUAUCAGAUCCUGUUGGCUGGCAGAGACGCGCGGGACUUUGUGGUGCCCAAGGGAGAAUAUGUGACAGUGCCACCCAAGUCCACCUACCCUCUAUCCAUAGAGUUCAAGAGCCGCUUCCUGCGGCCUGCGGAGGCUGUGCUUGUUCUGAUUGGACGACGUCAGGGCUCGGCUGUUGGGUCAACACUUGUUUUUGAACUUGGAACUCAAGUGGAUAACAUUAUACCCAGGAAUGUGGUCAAAGUUGAAAGCUCCUGCUAUGAGAUGGAGAAGGUGGUCAUACCCGUGACCAAUCCAUUCAGUGAAGGAGGGGAAUUCCGAAUCCUGCUGAUAGAGAACAAGGGGAAUCCCCAGAAUGGAGACCUCAGCCAGUCUCUGGCCCUGAUUAAACCUAAGGAGAAGAAGAAGAAAGUGAUCAAAUCUAAGGUGGAUCAUGGACAGUCUAAGACAGAGUUACUGUUGUCUGCGCCAAUAGAUUCAACUGAGAAGCUGAUCACAUCAUCAAACAAGGAAGAGGCGCUUCAUAUGAAUGCCUUCUUCAGUCCACAUGGCAGUGUGUACCUGAGACCACAUGGGACAGCAUCAGUUCAUGUCAACUUUCUCCCCUUCCACACUGGAGAUCGCCAGUGCUCAGUUAUUCUGACCAAUGAUAAGAUAGGAGAGCUGUUUUACAGUGUUGAGGCAACUGCCCUUCUUCCUCUGGCCAGUGUACUGCCAUUUAAACCCACUAAACACAGCGUCAGGAUUAGCAGUGCUGCAGCAGCUGGUCAUGGUAAGGGCAUGUUCGGGGGAGAUGAGCGUGUGGUGUACUGGAAGUGUGAGGUCGGCCAAACACUGACCGAAUCACUGAUUAUCCCUGUGAUCAACUUGACCAGGGAGAAAGCCCUACUGAUGGCUUCACAGCAGCUGAUGUCUGAUGUAGAGAUAGAGAGGCGGAGAGUGACUGGUACCUUGUUCAGCUCAGCAGUUACAGCACGGACUAUAUCUGCUCUGACCUCUAACCCAGCUGCUGUACUACAACAGGUCAAAAAAGCACCAAACACCUCAUUUACAGUAGAGGUAAACUCUAAGUACUUCUCGACCCCAGCCACAGUAGCUGUCCCCGCCCCGGGGACAGCCCUCCCCAAAGGCAUUGACCUGGACUCAGUGCCAUCAGGUAUUAACCUUGAGGAUGGUGUCAUGAUCCUGCCUAUCAAGUUCAAGGCCACUCAGGCGGGUCACUAUCCAUGUCAGAUACUGCUGAAGUGCCAGGAUGAUAUCCGUGUGGUUAGAGUGGAGUGUACAGUCAACCCUGAGGGCAGUACAGCAGAGAUAGAGUUCUCUGCCCCUGUCCAUCACUCCGUCAUACAGAACCUACCUAUUAUAAACUCAACGAAGCAUGACUGGCACAUGCAGGCCACCAUAGAAGGAGAGGGAUUCUCCGGGCCAGCCAAACUGCUGGCUAAGGCAGGGCAGACCACCAACUACCCUCUCGUCUUUAAACCAUCCUACGAGGCAGAAAUUACUGGUAAGGCCAUACUGACAAACACAGAUGACAUGACAGAUCAUGUCUUCAUGCUACACGGGCAGGCGGAGAAGCCACUGGCCCUGGACAACAUCACUGUACAAUGUGAAGCCAAGAAGAGUGUCCUUGUGCCCUUGAUGAUUCCAAACCAUACAAGGAAGAAACUGACCUUCACUGUCGAGUCAGAUCUGCAGUGUGUGGGCGGGAACGUGUCAAUCAGUGUGUUACCAGGAAAAUCCGGGAUAUACAACAUGGAGGUGAUGCCCUCCAGGAGGGGAGUACAGAAGGGUAUCAUCUCCUUCACAGCCGGCAAAAACCCAGUUGUUGAAGUGGACAGUGAUGGUGAUGAAGUGCCCGGCUCUGACAGUGAGGGCUCAGAUUACUAUGGUUACCAGGUCUGGUACUCCCUGACUGUCAAGGUCAGCCCUCCCCCACCUCAGAGGUCACUGGAGGUCAGAUCAGCCUGUCACAAACGUAUGGUAGUGGAGGUGUUAGUGAGGAAUCCCACCACGGAAGAGAUCACGCUAGACGUGGAUAUAGAAGGUCGUGACCUCUUUGGCCCUGCCUCCAUAACCUUGGCCGCAGGAACUAAGGAUGUCUAUCUCCUCACUUAUUUUCCCUCCAUCAUUGGCAAGUUUUCAGGAAGCUUGAUAUUUUAUAAUGAUGCUGUGGGUGAGUUUUGGUACGACCUUGUUCUGAUAGGGGAAUCCCCAGCCCCUACAGUAUUGCCUCACAUGGAAUGUGAAUUGGGGAGGUGGACGUCUCAAAACAUCGUAUUGAAGAAUCCAACCAAUGAAAACCUUCAGUUGAUCACCUCCAUCAGUAACACGAACAACUUUGACCUGGAGAGAGAUAACGAAAGGCCAAUUGAGUUGCCCGCACAUUCACAGCUGGAGAUUCCUGUCACCUUCAUGCCCUCCACUUUGGGAACAGGCGAUCACACGGCCAAGAUCUCCUUCUUCACUCAUCAGCUAGGAGAGUGGGUGUUCACAUUGAGUGGGUCAGGCCUGUUGCCUCAGCCUCAGCCUCCCUCGUGUGUGUACACCUCCGUGGGCUCUAACACCACCCUCAUCAUCCCCUUCAGAAACCCCACAGAUCACAUCGUGUUCGUUGAUAUUCUUCUCAGAGACAAGGACAAGGCAUUGGAGAAUAAGAAGUGUUUCCCUGAGCCGACGGAAGAGUCUCCGUUCUGCCUGCUGCUAAAACAUAGGAGCCAGAUUCGUGUGGGCCCCAAGUCCACCCUGGACAUCCCCAUCUCAUUUGCCCCACCUAGCAUGGUGCUGUUUGAAGCCCUGUGCACUGUGGUGAUGAGGAAGGAAGACAAACAGGCUUGGCCUUACAUGCCCACAGAUGACAAAGGACAACCGUUGUCAAGCAAUGGCACCAGCGGGCUGACCGAAAUCUGCUGGCGCUUCCCCAUCCAUGGUAUUCCUGAGUCACAGACUGUGAAGGACUCAAAUGCAUCAGUGCUGGAGUGUCGGGCCCGGGAGCGUGUUGAGGAGAGACUGGAGGUUGUCUUGACGGGCGUGGCAGCCUCCGCAUCUGGCCAGUACCCCCACAAGGCUAUGAGGACACGUGCUGUCACCCCUAGUAACCAGUCACCCAAACCCCCAGAGGGUAUCGUUGUGGCAGAAGCGCCCAUAGUGGCAGAGGAGUUCACACACCAUCUUGUGUUUGAUUCCAAAGAAUCAGAAGAAAGCAUGAAAAAUUCUGUGGCUAUUUCCUUGGUGCGCCAGCACCGCGACAAACAGUCAGGACUGGUGGCUCUGGUUUUCAACAUCGUCUAUGCUCCCCUCAAGGCUAUGAAUCACAAUGUCCAUCUGCAUGUGAGAGCAGCCACAGGAGGAGUUUGGAAGUUCCCGCUGAGAUUCGUGGCUGCUGAGCCUGAAGUGGAUGACACCAUCUCUAUAGAGGCCACCGGUCUGAACAGACAGUCGAGCGUGUCGUUCAGGUUGUACAGUCAAUCCAGCCACCCUGAGCCAUACAAGGCCUACUUCCUGGCUAACAGCGACCCAGAGUUUUGUGUAACUCCCCAGGCUGGAGAGCUCCUCCCAAGGGAGACAAAUGGUUCUCUCAUACAGGUUGACUUCUUACCCACUGUCUAUGGGAAACUGUACCAGGGAAAGCUGAUCAUACAGACAUCAGAGAUGCAGUGGAGCUAUGACGUGCGUGGCGUGUUACCUGACUACUCCCCACCCCAGGGACGAUCAUCUGCCCCCAUGGCAGGGCCACAUCCCGACCCCCGGGCCAGGAAGAAUCGUGUCAACUAUAUCCGUAGUAACUUGAAGUUGACCACAACAGCUGUGUCCUCCCCUAUCAAAGGUGCACCAAUCGUUCAGAGGGUGAAGAUCAUGUGAAACAGCUCUGUGACACAAAGUCCCUUUGUCCCCUAAUUACAGUUUGAUUCCUAAUUAUUCAAGUAAUGUAAGAUUUGUAUACAGUUUAAUUGUCUAAACCAUAAGUCUCUAUAUUAAAUGUUGGCUGCAUCAACAAGUAUAAAGCUAUAGAACAAGUUAGUUUCUGUGCAGUCUGCAUAUAAGUUGACUUGGAUCGCGCCUAAAUGUGAACAUGUAAAAUACCUGAUGAAGUACAAGUACCAAAACCAUGCCAUUUUGUAACAGUAUUCCUUUAUCUUGAGCAAAUCAAAGAGUAUUUUGUAUAAAUAGCACUUUCCAAAAAAUAUUGGCAAAUAUUAGUGCUUCCCACAUGCCUAGCUUUGCAAGUUACAAAAGAAAAUGAUAUCAAAAGGUACCGAAAAUAACAUCCAGAAGAUUUGAAUUACUGGGUAUAUAAUUAAAACAUGUACGUGUGUGACUGAUCGAUGGUACAGCUAUAUUUACGUAUAUAUAUAAUUAUAUUUUAUGAAAUUAUUAUUAACAUAAAUCCUCACUAUUAACAGUAUUCACCGUUAAAGUAUUCAUAGUGCCCCCCCAAGUGUUAAUAUAUUUUGUUGUAAAAUAUGUUCAUGAAAUUUAAAUAUUUUACUUCAGCCCAUGUUUAGCGUAAAUUCCAGGGUGUAAAAUAAGACUGUAUAUAAACAUAGGUAGGUCCUAUUUGAGUAUAUUGUUAUUUGCCUUUGUGCUGACUGUGACCGUCCAACUGUUGUGAUAAUGCAACUGUGAUAGUGUUUACCUACAAGGGUUUUAAGAACUCUUUUCAUGCAAGUAUUCAACAUCCUGCAGUGAUUUUUGGAUUUUAAAAUUUUUAAUGAAUAUAUAUGUUAAGUUUAUAUUUUGUGUUACAGAGUGUGUACACAGUCAGCUAUUAAAUGACUUUCC